UGAGGAUGUUCCUCAAGUGCUUGAUUCAGAUGUGCCUGGGUUAGUUGAACGCCCCAUCAACUUAUUUCUUCCGAAAUUAUUCCAGUUUUUUCAAUCACCACAUGCCUCACUAAGAAAGCUUUCAUUGGGUUCCGUAAACCAGUACAUUAUGUUGAUGCCCGCUGCAUUAUUUGCUUCCAUGGAUCAAUAUCUUCAAGGUUUGUUUGUUCUCGCUCAUGACUCUGCUGCAGAGGUUCGGAAAUUGGUUUGUGCAGCAUUCGUGCAGCUAAUUGAAGUUAAUCCAUCUUUCUUGGAGCCGCAUUUGAGGAAUGUAAUUGAGUACAUGCUACAAGUCAAUAAGGAUAGUGAUGAUGAAGUGGCUCUUGAAGCUUGUGAAUUUUGGUCUGCAUAUUGUGAUGCACAGUUACCACUUGAGAACUUGAGAGAAUUCUUGCCACGUCUAAUUCCAGUUUUGUUAUCAAAUAUGGCUUAUGCUGAAGAUGAUGAAUCACUUGCUGAAGCCGAGGAGGAUGAGUCUCUUCCGGACCGCGAUCAGGAUUUGAAACCUCGCUUUCAUUCUUCUCGGUUUCAUGGAUCAGAUAAUGCAGAAGAUGAUGAUGAUGACAUAGUCAACAUUUGGAAUUUACGGAAAUGCAGUGCAGCUGGGCUAGAUGUUCUCUCAAAUGUGUUUGGGGAUGAGAUUCUUCCAACAAUGAUGCCAAUAGUGCAGGCUAAGUUAUCAACUACUGAUGAUGAGACCUGGAAAGAAAGGGAAGCUGCCGUUUUAGCUCUUGGUGCUGUAGCUGAGGGCUGCAUUACUGGUCUUUAUCCUCAUUUAUCAGAGAUUGUGACAUUUAUUAUCCCCCUCUUGGAUGAUAAGUUUCCUCUCAUACGAAGUAUUUCCUGUUGGACGCUUUCUCGUUUCAGCAGAUUUGUUGUUCAGGGUAUUGGUCAGCAGAAAGGCUCUGAACAGUUUGACAAAGUUCUUAGGGGUCUUCUACGAAGGAUAUUGGAUACCAACAAGCGGGUGCAAGAGGCUGCUUGUUCAGCUUUUGCCACACUCGAAGAGGAGGCUGCAGAAAAGUUAGCACCACACUUGGAAAUUAUUCUACAACACCUAAUGUGUGCUUUUGGGAAGUACCAGAGACGAAAUCUCAGAAUCGUAUAUGAUGCUAUUGCAACUUUAGCAGAUGCUGUAGGAGAGAAACUAAAUCAGCCCACCUAUCUUGAUAUUCUAAUGCCGCCAUUGAUCGCGAAGUGGCAGCAACUUUCUAAUUCAGAUAAAGACAUUUUCCCACUGCUGGAGUGCUUUACAUCUAUAGCACAGGCAUUGGGUACCGGGUUUUCUCAAUUUGCUGAGCCCGUCUUUCAGAGGUGCAUAAACAUCAUCCAGACACAACAAUUGGCCAAGAUUGAUCCUGCUUCAGCUGGUGUUCAGUAUGAUAAAGAGUUUAUUGUAUGCUCUCUCGACUUGCUGUCUGGACUUGCAGAAGGUCUUGGUAGUGGGAUAGAGAGUUUGGUUGCGCAAAGCAGCUUGAGGGAUCUCCUCCUGCAAUGUUGUAUGGAUGAUGAUGCACCAGAUGUUCGACAAAGUGCCUUUGCACUUCUGGGUGAUCUGGCAAGAAUGCAUCUGUUAUCUACUUGUUUGAAAUGGAACAUCCAUCAUGGAUCCAACAUCCAUAUCCAUGCCAUGUCUUACACAAGCACUACAUGUUAAGCCUUCAUUUUUUAUCAGCCACUGGAUAGCCCAAUUGCAACCCUGGCCUGCAGGUGUGUCCUGUUCAUUUGCACCCUCGUUUGUCUGAUUUUCUCAAUGUUGCGGC